AUGUCUUCAGCUAAUACCUCUCUUACUUCAAGUGAUUCAGGAUACAAUGCUGACAUUUCAACAGUUGGUGGUAACUCAACGGUUGGUUCUUCUUCUUCUUUGCAGAUCACACAAUCUUCUCUGUUUGUCAACAUUCAGGGUAGUGAUGCUUCACAAAGACUGAUAGAUCAAGAUGGAAAUACCUCGCUACUCAUAAAUAACUUACUUGAUUCACAUAUAGAUGAUGAUUGGGUUUUGGUACCUGAAAAUUCUGAAUCUUGUCUUGUUGGGGAUACUAGAGCUAAAGAAGCUGAUAAUAUCAAUGGAGCAAUCGAUCUCCUUCAAUUUUUAAAAACAGUUCCACAACAAAAUUUAAUUACCGCAUCUAAUCCCCCAUCUGAAAAUGUUUGGAAAUUAGAUCUUGAAAUUAUUUUCUACAAACUUUGUAAGAUAUUCAAGAAAUUAUUUAACUUGACUAAGAAACAAAACAAAAAUUCAGAGCCUGCUAAUUUAGGAACUCUGCCUACUACUGCUGGUGUUAGAUUAUUUCUGGCUUCAAAUAACGUUGGUACUGGUACUUCAACUAAUAUUGAAAAUUGCCGCAAACCUGAAUACAUGAGUAGUGAGUAUAUUAAUCGUGGUCGUUCUGGAUAUUUUGAAUGCAGAGGUAGCACUCUUCCAAUACCAAUCAAUAGUUAA